AUGCCAUCUUCACUCUUCAUCUUCAAGCCAUCGUUAGCCUUCAUCUUCAAGCCUGGAGUGAGGGGAAUAUUGUCGGACCUGACGUGUGAUAGUGAUGGGAAGGUCGACAAGUUUAUUGGAGGUGAGUCAAGCUUGCCCCCCCAUGAAUUGCAAGGCAUUGGUGGUAGUGGUGGGGGAUACAAUUUGGAAAUGUUCUUAGGUGGGGCUUAUGAGGAGGCGCUUGGAGGAUUCCAUAACCUGUUUGGCGGCCCUAGCGUCGUACGUGUGUCCCAGAGUGAUGGCCCUCACAGCUUUGCUAUGACGUGUGCCGUCCCUGGAGUGGCAUGCAGGGAUGUUCUCCGGGUGAUGUAG